AUGGCAUCCGGUUGUGGAGUGGGAAUGUCGUGCGGGGCAUAUGGGUGUUAUCGUACGAAGUCGCGAGUGCAUGCUGCCGGAACCCACCACGGUCCGGUGCUGUUCGGCGCCGAGAGAUUCGGCCAAUUCCGCAAACCACACGAUGUGUCGCAAAUCACGGACCCUAAUGCGCUGUUUAUGCAAUGCUGCGAGCAACGCGGACUUCCGGAUGCUUGUUUGCACAAAUGCACCUUCAACACAUAUACAAAGGAAACGCUUACCCGAAUGUAUUUCCGUCAGGAUGCCUGUCCAUUAGCUGCAAGCGCCGAAAUCCAAUUCUGUGCAGCCCAAGGCAGAGAUCAUCGCCCUUGCUGCAUGAGAAAUGGGGUGACAACAACAUUAGCUGGUGACAAGUGUUUAACCUUCUGUGAUCAACGCCCAGGAAAUGUUACUCUUCUUGACUACAGCUACGUUUCUUGCUAUGAACGUUUCGAAAACAUGAAGUCGUGUUUCUGGCAUGACGCGGUCGAAAGACUUCGAAAAUAA